AUGACUCAAAACCAGCAGAUCGAUGAAAAUACUUUGGAUUUUCUUCAUCAACAUCAAGGUAAUAAUGUUGGAUAUGAUGAUAUUCAUCUAUCCAAUGAAGCACAAGAACACGAACAUCAAGUCACCAUACCAGGGAAUAAUAUUCAUAAUCUCAUUCUUCCUCACUUUAUGGCAGAUAUUCCGGCACAAUUAAAAAGAGUAUGUCUUUUAGCUGAUAAUGACGUACCUAUUGGUGUUCAAUCAAGUGAAAUUGAUCGACGUCAACAAUAUGAUGCAGAUAUCCAACGUGCUUGUUUGGAUUUUUGUAUGUUUCUAUAA